GAUAAGAUUUCGGCAUUGACAAUAGUUUAUGGGCAAAAGAUUCACUGAUUAUUUUCCUUCUUGUUGUAUAGCACGUUGUCCCUUUGCACCUACGUCUGCUACUCAAUCACCAUACUCCAUGCUUUUUUAUCAUUUCCCAAGCCAAGCCCUUACAAAUAUACGAACAUCACACUCCACUCGGACGUCCUCCAACAAAAAAUCUCUUGCACGAGUUGCACCUCACUUUUGCCUGCCUGGAAAUAUUUAACCUCCAGAAACCAACUACUCUGGAGCAAUCAAGCUUGAAUAGUUUUCUUCCCUUUUUAGCUAUGUAUAAUGGCUGUUGAUAUAAGACGAACAACAGUGCUAUGCAUGCCGAGGCAGCAAUGGCCAGACAGGGAGAGUAGCCCUGAGAGAACCAAGAUUUGGUUCGAGCCAAAGCCUAAGAAUACCGUGCAAAAAGUUCCCGUCAUUUACUACCUCUCCCGGAAUGGCCAACUUGAGCAUCCUCACUUCAUGGAGGUGCCUCUGAUCUCUUCACCCAAAGGGCUUUAUCUCCAAGAUGUGAUGAACAGACUAAAUUUUCUUCGAGGACAGGACAUGGCCAAAUUGUAUUUCUUGGUCUUCAAAACGGAGCUACAGAAAUGGAUUUGUGUGGCAAGACUUAUCCAAGAACGAAGUCAUAUACCCGUGUCACGGCCAUGAAUACAUUCUCAAAGGUUCACAACUCUUAGAAACCUCUUUGAGCUUUCGGUCCUAUGAAAGGGCAUCAUCAUCAUCAUCAACGUCAAAAAUUUCCACAGAAACAAACAGUUCCAGUGUAGAUUCCAAUGUCCCGGCCAUUCUCAGGAAAAAGAAUCGGUCCUGGAGUUCAUUUGAAGACCUUCGUGAAUAUCAAGUUUACAAGGCCAAAACUGCUGCAGAGUUCGCUGAAAAAGCUGCUAACGCAGCAACACAGACUGAGGAUCACAAGGAGAGGCCAAGAGGGAAAGAUAUCGAAGAGAUGGGAGGGAGUGGUGAAACUAAGCCGAGUGCAGAAGAGUCGAAGUCUAGCUUGGAAAAGUGUUCGAAGAUUAAUGAUAAUGGGUCAGCAGAUUUAGGAAAUCCGACGGUGGAACACGGCCGACUUCCCAGUGGGAGGAUGAAGGCAUCCACGGUGUUGAUGCAGUUGAUCGGGUGUGGAUCGAGAAGGAUUAAGGAUUUGUGAAUUGUGAGUACUCAACUUACAGCGAUUCAAGAAUUGAGGGUGCAUCAAAAUUCACUGUAAUCUUCGUCUUAAGAAUUGGAUUGAAAUUCGAGGGUUUUGGACGUUUUGAAGGGGCCUACGACCAACGAGGCUGUUGUUGAGUAGUUAUAUAGGCCUGAGCCCAUUAGUUUGGUUGGGCUUUACGGCCCGUGGUAAAAAAUUAUGGCCCAUUUAUGAAAAGUCCAAUGAUGGAUAGGGAAUUCAAUACCGAAUCCACAAGAAGAACUAACGCGUUGCGUUUUUCA